AUGGCGUCCAAUUUAAAUCAAGAUGAAUUGCCUGGACUAUCUGAUGUUAUUAGUGCUGACCCAGAGGUAAGACCUUCAGAAAUAAAUUUUGAUGCCAUUAAGCUUGAUCUCUCACAUAAAUUUUCCUUAGUUGCUUCGAACAAUGAGACAAGCAGUUUGGAACCCAUAGAUUAUCUCCAAGUUUAUCUUCGAGUGAGACCAUUCACACAAUCAGAAAAAGAACAUGAGACUCAGGGUUGUGUUUAUAGUUUAGACUCCCAGACUAUUAUGCUGAAAGAUCCUCAAAGCAUCCCUGGUAGGUUAAGUGAGAAAAGUUCUACGCAGAUGGCACAGAAAUUCGGUUUCUCUAAGGUUUUUGGCCCAGAAACUACACAGAAGGAAUUCUUCCGAGAUUGUACUCUGCAGCAAAUAAAAGACCUCUUGAAAGGAGAAAGUCGGCUGAUUUUUACUUAUGGGCUAACAAAUUCUGGAAAAACAUAUACUUUUCAGGGCACGAAAGAGAAUGUUGGCAUCCUACCUCGGACUUUGAAUGUACUAUUUGACACUCUUUGGGCAAGACUAUAUACGAAAAUGAAUCUUAAACCACAUAGAGCCAGAGAAUAUUUACAAUUGUCACCAGAUCAAGAGAAAGAAGAAGUUACUAGCAAAAGUGCAUUACUUCGGCAAAUUAAAGAGGCUGCUAUGCAUCAUGACAGUUAUGAUGCUCUUCAUGGGAGUUCGACGAACUCUUUGAGUACUUCAGAGUUUGAAGAAUUUAUGAAAGAUUGUGAACAGUCCUGCUUGAACAUGGAUGAUAGCAUAAAGUUUUCUAUUUGGAUUUCUUUCUUUGAGAUUUACAAUGAAUGUAUUUAUGAGUUGUUUGUUCCUGUAUCUUCUAAGCUCCUAAAGAGAAAGAUGCUACGCCUUUCUCAGGAUGUAAAGGGCUAUUCUUUUAUAAAAGAUCUACAUUGGAUUCAAGUGUGUGAUUCCAAAGAAGCAUACAAACUUUUAAAACUAGGAAUAAAGAAUCGGAGUGUUGCCUUUACUAAACUGAACAGUGCUUCAAGUAGAAGUCACAGCAUAUUUACUAUACGAAUAUUGCAGAUCAAAGAUUCUGAGAUGCCUCAUGUAACACAAGUCAGUGAACUGUCAUUGUGUGAUCUUGCUGGUUCAAAAAGAAGCAUGAAGACACAAAAUGAAGGUGAAAGGUUAAGAGAAACUGGGAACAUCAACACUUCUUUAUUGGCUCUGGGAAAGUGUAUUAAUGUUUUGAAAAAUAGUGAAAAGUCAAAGUUUCAACAUGUGCCUUUUAGGGAAAGUAAACUGACUCACUAUUUUCAAAGCUUUUUUAAUGGUAAAGGGAAAAUAUCUAUGAUUGUCAACAUCAGUCAGUGCUGUUUUGCCUAUGAUUAAACACUCAAUGUGUUGAAGUUCUGAGUCAUUGCACAAAAGGUUUGUGUUCCAGAGUCUUUAAAUUCCUCUCAAGAGAAAUAUUUUGGAUCUAUCAGAUCUUCUCAAGAUGUAUCACUAGACAUUAAUAAUUCAGAAAAUAAAGUAUUAAAUGUAAGAAGAUCCACUAUUGCAUGAGAUCUUCUAGAUGAAGAUUUGGUUGAAGAUCUAGAAAAAAAUGAAGAAAAGCCAAGUAUGGAAACUGAACUAACUGAUGACGAUCUAGAUAAAACAGUAGAGGAAGCCAAUAUAAAAAUAAAAGUAUCUGUAAUGCGUGAUGAAGAGAAAUUAAUGAGGGUUAAAAUUAAUGAACUGGAGAAAAAGAAAAACCAGGGUUCCCAGGAAAUAGAUAUGAAACAGCGAACCAUUCAGCAACUUACGGAGCAGUUAAAUAACCAAAAAGCAGAAGAAGCUAUUCAACAGUACGAGAAAGUAUGCAGAGAAUUGGAGAAAUUGAAAGAAAGGUACAAAGAUCUGGAAACCAAAAAAGAUCAAAGGUCAAAUAAAGAACUUAAGGAUAAUGAAGAUUCACUUAGUAAAAAGCUCAGUAAGCUUCAAGAUGAGUUACAGGUUUCCACACAACUUCCAUCUAAGAAAACUUAUUCUUUACAAAUUCAAGCCUACGAUGUUAGUAUUAGCUUGACUACUAAGGAAAAAGAAGAAACGUUACAGAAAUUUGGAGACUUCUUACAACAUUCACUAGCAAUUCUUCAGUCAAAAGCAAAGAAGAUAAUUGAAACAAUGAGUUCUUCAAAGCCCUCAACUGUAGAAGCAAGUAAAGAAAAUGAGUCUCGACCGAAACGGAAAUUGCGCACACAGGAAAUUAAAUCUCCUGUUGAUAUAUCUGUCCAAGUGAUUGUGAUGAACCGGAAAGUGAUUGUGAGAUUCUUAAGCGAUGACUUCGAGCUAAAAUAG